UCUGUCAUAGGGCUACGGCAGAGUAUACCAGAUCGUCUGUCACGAUAAUCUGUGAGGGGGCGUGCGGCGUCUGUCAUCCAAAAAAAAUGUGAAGCUUGACCAAAGUCUUAUGAGACAAGUAAUGAGCCAGCAGUCCAAAAUGUCUCGAUCCUACGUCAGACGUCUGAUGAGCGUGAAAGUGCAGUGGACUGCGCCACACGUGUGAGCCUACCAUUCACAGCAGCUUCAAUGUGCAAUGGUUAGUACAAGCUGUCGGCUCAAUCAUGCAUUGUGGAUUAUAUUUCUUGGGAUGACAACAUGUUAUUUUGGUGACGCAACAGGCGCGACCACAUACACCCCACCCAAAAUGGCCAGUCCUGACGCCAUUGUGACGCAUGAGGAAGGAAGUGCGGCCAUUUUGUUUUGUUCGGUUUCCAAUCUUGGUGACCACACGGUGACCUGGCGAAAGCUUCCAGCGUCCGCCCCGCUGACCAUCGGCACCAAGUCUUGGACCAGUGACCGGCGGUUCCACGUGGAGCACGUGCCCAACAGCUCGGACUGGAACCUGGUCAUAGAGCCCGUCCAGGUGUCUGACGCUGGGGACUUCGAGUGUCAGGUCAGCAAGCGGAAGUCCAGGAUCCGGAGCAAGGUCACUCUCCUGGUCAAAGCCAGACCACACGCGCUGCUACCCCGUAUUGAGAUCAGCGGCGAGAACCAGCUGACCAGUGGUCAGUUCCUCAAGCUGACCUGCAACGCCACGUUGAUGGACGCAUCUAUUGAGAGAAUCAUCUGGAUCAAAGAUGGCAAGCCUAUAUACGGUGACCACAGAUACAGCGUGUACACGUCCCUGACCCUGAACGCGGUGGGGUCAGGGCUGGUCAGCAGCAAGCUCGAGAUCAAGGACGUCAGGGAACAGGACGCUGGACUUUACUUCUGUCGCUCCACAGAGCGUGCGCAGAUGGCAGGGGUCAAGGUCGAAAUAAGAGGUUCACAGAACUGGAAGCGAGAAGACAAGACCCAAUCAAACGAGGCUUUAGAGAACCCAGAAAAUAGGUCAUCGCAAGAGUCAGAAAACAACAGCAGUUCCACGUCACGUGAUUGGGUGUCACAGCUCUGCCUACAGCUGCUGCUCUUGUACAGCAUUACAUUCAUCUACUAGCAGCUGGUUGCUCGGCUGUUCGAUAACUUUACAUUCAUCUACUAGCAGCUGGUUGCUCGGCUGUUCGAUAACUUUACAUUCAUCUACUAGCAGCUGGUUGCUCGGCUGUUCGAUAACUUUUGAAUUUUUCAUGCAAGACACCGCUGUCAACACGACUGUAUUGUCUAACAAUCAUUCAACGACAUGACCGUAUUGUCUAACAAUCAUUCAACGACAUGACCGUAUUGUCUAACAAUCAUUCAACGACAUGACCGUAUUGUCUAACAAUCAUUCA